GCCGGGUGAAUCAUCGCCCGCGGCGGCCGCUCGCAGUCCCGCUGCCGCGCGCCGAACCCUGACCGCGCCCCUGCGGAGCGCCGCGCCGAGCAGCCGCUGAGACCCACGCUCGCUCGCUGGGCGGCAGCGCGGGCACCGGGCCGACCAUGGCGGGCAUCGCAUUCAAGCUGGCGAAGGACCGGGAGGCGGCCGAGGGGCUGGGCUCGCACGAGAGGGCCUUCAGGUACCUCAGCCAGGACUACGCGGCGCUGCGGGACGAGUGGCUGGAGGCCGGGGCGCUCUUCCAGGACCCGUCCUUCCCGGCCCUCCCGUCUUCCCUGGGCUUCAAGGAGUUGGGACCCUACUCCAGCAAGACCCGGGGCAUCGAGUGGAAGCGGCCCACGGAGAUCUGCGAUGAUCCCCAAUUUAUUACUGGAGGAGCCACUCGCACAGACAUCUGCCAAGGAGCCCUGGGUGACUGCUGGCUGCUGGCAGCCAUUGCCUCCCUCACCUUGAAUGAAGAAAUCCUGGCUCGAGUCGUCCCCUUGGACCAGAGCUUCCAGGAGAACUACGCGGGGAUCUUCCGCUUCCAGUUCUGGCAGUACGGCGAGUGGGUGGAGGUGGUGGUGGACGACAGGCUGCCCACCAAGGACGGGGAGCUGCUCUUCGUGCACUCGGCAGAGGGCAGCGAGUUCUGGAGCGCGCUGCUGGAGAAGGCCUACGCCAAGAUCAAUGGGUGUUACGAAGCACGCUCGGAGGGUGCCACCACUGAGGGCUUCGAGGACUUCACCGGAGGCAUCGCCGAGUGGUACGAGUUAAGGAAGGCCCCUCCCAGCCUGUUCAAGAUCAUCCAGAAGGCUCUGCAGAAAGGCUCUCUCCUUGGCUGCUCCAUCGAUAUCACCAGUGCUGCAGACUCGGAGGCCAUCACCUUCCAGAAGCUGGUGAAGGGGCACGCGUACUCGGUCACUGGCGCCGAGGAGGUGGAAAGCAGAGGAAGCCUGCAGAAGCUGAUCCGCAUCCGGAAUCCCUGGGGAGAGGUGGAGUGGACCGGGCAGUGGAACGACGACUGCCCAAACUGGACAACUAUUGACCCUGAGGUGAGGGAAAGCCUGACCAGACAGCAUGAAGAUGGGGAAUUCUGGAUGUCUUUCAGUGACUUCCUGAGGCACUAUUCCCGCCUGGAGAUCUGCAACCUGACCCCUGACACGCUGACCAGUGACGCCUACAAGAAGUGGAAACUCACCAAGAUGGAUGGGAACUGGAGGCGGGGCUCCACCGCGGGCGGCUGCAGGAACUACCCGAAUACCUUCUGGAUGAACCCUCAGUACCUGAUCAAGUUGGAGGAGGAGGACGAGGACCAGGAGGACGGGGAGAAUGGCUGCACCUUCCUGGUGGGUCUCAUCCAGAAGCACCGGCGGCGGCAGAGAAAGAUGGGCGAGGACAUGCACACCAUUGGCUUCGGCAUCUAUGAGAUUCCAGAGGAGUUCACAGGACAGACCAACAUCCACCUGAGCAAGAACUUCUUCCUGACGCACCGAGCGAGGGAGCGGUCGGACACCUUCAUCAACCUGCGGGAGGUGCUCAACCGCUUCAAGCUGCCCCCGGGGGAGUACAUCCUGGUGCCGUCCACCUUCGAGCCCAACAAGGACGGGGACUUCUGCAUCCGGGUCUUUUCCGAGAAGAAAGCCGACUACCAAGUCGUCGACGAUGAAAUCGAGGCCAACCUUGAAGAGAUUGAUGUCAGCGAGGACGACAUCGAUGAUGGAUUCAGGAGGCUGUUUGCCCAGUUGGCAGGGGAGGAUGCAGAGAUCUCUGCCUUUGAGUUGCAGACAAUCCUGAGGAGAGUUCUGGCAAAGCGUCUGAACGUCAGCCUGGGGAUGGUCUCCAGAAGUCCCGUGGACUUCACUCUGGCCCAACCCCAAGAGAUAAAAAUCCUCCUCUUGAAGCCAAAGAAGGAUCCAGGCCAGUGGGGUCUUCCAUCACAGUGCACGUGAACGACACGCAUGUGGUCCCUCACAGGAACCACGUGUGACCGAUCCAUGCCCUGUGGCCUCCAAACGAACGGCUGCAUUUGAGCUUCUUCGCAGAGCUGCAGCCACGGGGUCCAGCGGCCAGGGUAGGACUUCCCCAAGGCAGACCCUGGUCCUCGGCCCCCCUCCUCCGAUCUGGGGGUGACGAGACGUGGUGUUUACCCUCGAGGCCACCAGGCACGAGUGAGGUCACAGGCUGUUAAGCUGUGUGGUUGUCAUGAACCCAGGGACACUGAGCCCCAUUGUCAGAUAACUGUGCUAGGCAUUUUUAUAAUUGUCUUGUCACAGUAAUCCUGGGAAGUGAACCUAUUACCCCCAUGUUCUAAGUGGUGUAUCUUAAGUGUAGAAUUCCUAUAUCCAACAUAAAUGGCCGUGUUGAAAGAAGGAAAGAUGUCAUUCAAGUGUUUUCCUAUUCUUUUUUAUUAUUACUAUGCCCUUUGCAAUGCGACACUGUGAAAACAGCCCUUUGGGGGCAUCUCCCUUUUCCAGAAUCUCUCCUUGGCUCACCACCAGCUUGGUUUCCUCAUGGGGAGUGUUUUACUUGGCCUUCCUAUAUCUGAUAAAGCUACAAACAAACCAGGAGAGGCCAGCAGGGUGUUAGUGCCCAGAAGGGAACGGCUUUGGGAUUUCAGGCGCAUAUCUCUUUCCUUGGAAUCCUUUCAGCAUGUGGAGAAGGAGGCUGGUAUCUGCAGUUAGGUAUCAGAUGUGACCAGAACAGGCUUUUGAGUAUUCUGAUUUCUUUCCUGGGUCCCAAGGCUUGUUUCAUCCCAGGAUGCAUCUUUUUAAGGUGAAAAGCCUUAACCUCCGGAGAAGUUUAGGAGAGUCUGAUCUCCAAAGGUGGAGGAAAGGCAAUACCUGGACCAUUAACUUGAAAUCCUUUCUUGUGAGCUAGGGUUUGACAUCUCUUUUUGAUCUUUGGACUGGGGCCUCUAUAUUUUCCAGGCUAGUUUAAGCAUUGAAACUAGAUGUGAAUCUCUUUCAAGACCUUAAAUGUUUUAGAUAGUCAUGUAGUGACUUGGAUAGGCAUUUAACUAAUUUGUUCCAAGGUCAGAAGAGCCCAAGAAUUCCCCAGAGUUCCUCUCUUUGCUUCUAAAGGCACAACCUCUAAAGAAGAUGACUCAUGUCUCCAUGGCAACUGUUAAAGGUGCUGCCUAGAGGGGCCCUGCCUCCACCCUCACUUACUUAGCUUGAAAGAAUCAAAAGAAUUUCCUUGUGUCAAGGGGGUGCUAUGUCCAGUUUUCUUAUGAAAACUGUUGUCAAGAUUCCUGCCUCUUUCUGACAUGGUAGCUGUCAAAUUCCUUCAAGAUGAUGUAGGAAAUGGCUCUUAUCUCUUGGAAGCCAGAGAAAUUGCUUUAAUUCACCAAGACUCACCCCUAAACCAAAGGCCUUAUUCUAAUGCUGUCUUCCCUCUCUACUCUGAAUUCUCCCUUCUUUCCUUUCCAGGGGUUGUUUUUAGCCCAAGGCUUUGCAUCUGAUUGAGUAAGACUUAGAGGCAGUAAAAAGAACACCGUGAACUCAGCCAGAACCGCCUUAGGGUCCCUAGGGUUGAGAAUAGCUCUAGAACCUCGGGGACCCCUGGGCUUAGACCCAGAAGUGAUAGAACAGCCCCUGAUUUCUGGCAUUUCAGUCCAGAUCUUCAAGGACUGUUCUCCCUUGACAGUC